UACAAGGAUUUUUUUUUUUAAUAUUUAAAAUAUUUGCGGAAAAUAAUUAUUGAAGUAAUGAAGAUUUUUUUGUGGACAUUAUUUUUUCAAGUUUUGCAAUAUGCAAGUGCGGACUUUAAAGUUGAUAGGCAAGACUUGAGAAUUCUUGCUGGUGAUAAAGAAUCAUUUGAUUUAUAUUUGACAAAUAAAUUAUCAACUCAAGUGAAUGUAACCCUGACUAUUAAAGAUGAAAAUUUACUUGAGAUAAAUCCUGUAACGUUUAAUGUUACGGAAAAUGAAAGGGAUUUUCAUUGGAAUAUCAGUGUCAUAGGAUUAUCUCCAGGCUAUUCAGUGAUCAGUGCCAAUGUAACUCCAAAUAUUACAGAUUUUUCUGAUGCAUUUGUCAGGGUGACAAUACAGAGAUCAACAUUUGUGUAUCAUUUAAGUGAAGUUGUCGGUUGGAUGUACUUUUUAGCAUGGAGUGUUAGUUUCUAUCCACAAAUUUACACAAAUUACAAACGAAAAAGUGUCGUAGGCCUUAAUUUUGAUUUUCUAUCAUUAAAUAUUGUUGGAUUUUUUUUAUAUUCUCUUUUCAACUGCGGACUCUAUUGGAUACCAGACAUCGCAUCAGAAUAUUAUCGCCGAUAUCCAAAAGGUUUGAAUCCAGUCCAAAUAAAUGAUAUUUUUUUUGCUAUUCAUGCAUUUUGGGCUACCGCUUUUACUAUUGGACAAUGUUUUGUUUAUGAGGUUGGUACACAAACAGUAUCGCUUAUUGCUCGAAUAAUUCAUGGAUUAAUCACGAUAUCUAUAGUAAUUUUAAUUAUCUUAGGAGUUGUUAAAACAAUUCAAUGGCUGGAUUUUCUUUAUUUUUGCAGUUAUAUAAAGUUAAUUAUCACAUUAAUUAAAUAUUUACCCCAAGCAUAUUAUAAUUAUAGAAGAAAAUCUACUAUUGGCUGGAGUAUUGGUAAUGUACUCCUAGAUUUUACAGGCGGAAUACUUUCUAUGCUUCAAAUGGUACUGAAUGCUUACAAUUAUGAUGAUUGGAAGAGUAUUUUUGGCGAUCCAACGAAAUUUGGCCUUGGAUUUUUUUCAGUUACUUUCGACAUAUUUUUUAUUUUACAACAUUACGUAUUCUACAGGUCGAAUCCCAUCAAUCAGUUGAACUCGAAUUCAUUUAUCGAUGUUUUGGUAUAAAAAUAUCGAAUGAAAACCAUCAAGAAAUGAAUGGAAAUAGAGAAACAACAAAGUAUUACUAUUAGAUUUGUUAUCACUCCGCAUUACGCCAUGUAAAUUGUGAAGAAUCCUGAGUUAAUUCGGAGUAAAUUUUUUACCUGAAUUAACUUCUUCACUCGGAGUUACAAAGUUUUGAAGAACUAUUCCGUGAACGGAAUAAAUAUUUUUUCUAAGUGAAUGUUAAUUUUAUUCUAAUCUAUAUUUACUUUGAUUACGGAGUUUUAAUAUAAAAUUAAAUUCACAUUGAAUAAAAAAAAUUUUUAUACAAAAUCAUAUAUAAAUAUCAAUAAUUUUGAUAUAGAUUUUUUUCCUCAUACUUCACAUUUGGAGUUUUUUUUAUUAAGUAUGUACAUAAAACCCACGAAGUAAAAUUCACUUCACAUUUCAUUCGUGUUGACUCCGCAUAUUUUUUUUUUUUUUGGUGCAUAAACGUAUAAUAAUUAAUACGUAAUUUGGUUUUGGUUUGAUCGAAACGUAACAUUUCAUUAAUAAGAAUUCUUGCGUGCUGUUUUAAGCCCGUUAAGUUCCGUUAAAAGAUAAACAUAAGAAAAAUAAUUAAGACUAUUUUUUAUACUAAAAUGCAUAUGAAGUACAAUGAAUGAUUAUUUGACAUCUAUUCAGUAUUAUUCAACUAUUAACAAUGUAUACCUUACAAAUAUCUAAUUUAUCCUAUUGUUGAUUAUAAUAAACAUUUUAAAACUGUA